CAUCAGCAGUGACGGUUGGCGGAGUGUGGAGGUGCCCAAGCCAAAUUGAAGAUGCCUGUCAAACCUAUGGGGAGGAUCUUUGUAGCUCUUGGUGUAAUCCUCCUUCUGGGAUGCCCAGGACAAGGAGCGCCUCAAAAAGGCCGGUACAUGUGGGUCCGAUGUAAACCUGAUGCCAAUUCUGCCAACUGCAUUGAAGAAAAGGGACCAAGUUUUGUCAUGACAGACGAGAGUGCAAAGAUCCCCUUUGAGGCAAAUCCAACACGAGAGAUACUUCAAGACCAACUCAUUAGUUUGCCAUUUUCUGGAGAUGAAGAAGGAUCUGGCAACGAAGAGGAUCCUGAGACAGGAUCGGGCUUUGAGAACGAUCUGGAAGAGCCCGAAGUGUCUGAGAACCAACCAAAUAUGGAUCUGAAGCUGAAGCUAUCAAAUGAAGGCUUAUUUCCCCAUGAAACCAUACUGUGAUUUCUGUUAUAGCUCAAUGUGAUCUUUCUUUUUACAUAUUCUAGGUUUUGAUGAAAUGUAUACCAUAGACCAGGCAUAUAUGUUAUAAAAAUAUUACAGCUAAGUAUGUAUAUCUUAAAAUGUCUAAUGCUUUUCUUUGAUAAAAUCUAUUAUUUGUAAGCUGAAAAAUAGAAGCAAACAAAACGGUUAAAUAAAAUUCAAAAUAAUCAUGCAAGAAUCAAUCAUACUAAGAGAUGGCAUGCUAGACAAACUUUUUUCAUGUCAACAUCUCAUUUCUUUGGUUUUAUAGGUAGUCCUCAACUUACAACCAUUCGAUUAGUGAUUGUUCAAAGUUACAAUGACCCUUAUGAAUUAUG